AGCGUCGUCGCGCAAUGAGUACAAACGCGAACUGGGAGUAAAGAUUUAGUUCGUUUGGCAAUAAAAUAUACAUUUUAUUAUUUUGUUCUCAGUUCACAUAAAAAAAACUGAGUUAUACUAGUAACGAGGUCUCAUCGGGGGAAUUUAUGAUCUUGUUUUUUGUAACAACUGGAGUGAAGAGUGCUUUGACCAUUUGUUUUUAAAGAUGAGCGGGGAAUCGGAUGCCAACAAGGAGUUUGUGGAGCAGUUGCGAAUGCAGGAGCUGUACGGGCAGAGAAACGCAGACGGCUCGGAUCCGUACACCUACACUGAUCCAGUGGACGGGACGGUGUACGACUGGGACCAUGAAAAGAAAGCCUGGUUCCCCAAGAUAACAGAGGACUUCAUCGCAGCCUACCAGGCGAACUACGGCUUUACUGAGGAAGGAGAUCCAGGUGCCAAGAACGUGGCGCAGAGCGAUUCUSAACCUGUGGCUCCGGAAUCGAACAGCAAGCUGCCAGGAAAGGAGAAAUCAGCCAAUCCUGCCCCAUCUCCUGCCACGGAGCAGCAAGAGAGCUCUGCUAAAGAAGCCAAGCAGAAAGGGGAGAAAAGGAAAGCAGAGCCAGGAUGGUUUGAUAUCGAAGAGGACAAAAACACAAAUGUCUAUGUAUCAGGUCUGCCUCCCGAUAUCAGCCCUGAUGAGUUUGUCGAGCUGAUGUCCAAGUGCGGCAUCGUGAUGCGGGACCCCAUCACUGAAGAGUACAAAGUGAAACUGUACAAGGACAAAGAYGGGAACCUGAAAGGCGAUGGCCUCUGCUGCUACCUCAAGAAAGAGUCGGUGGCUCUGGCUUUGCGUCUGAUCGAUGAGUCAGAGGUCAGAGGUUAUAAACUCCAUGUGGAAGCAGCUCGCUUUGAGCUAAAGGGCCAGUAUGAUGCCAGCAAGAAGAAGAAGAAAAGCAAAGAUUACAGAAAGAAGCUGCACCAGCAACAGAAACAGCUGGACUGGAGGCCCGAGAAGCAAGGAGAACUCAGGAAGAGGCACGAAAAAGUUGUCAUCAUCAGAAACAUGUUUCAUCCCAGUGACUUUGAGGAAGACCCGCUGGUGCUGAAUGAGUACCGCGAGGAUCUACGGACAGAGUGUGAGAAGUUUGGYGAAGUCAAGAAGGUCAUCCUGUUUGAUAGACAUCCGGACGGUGUUGCCUCCGUCGCCUUCAAGGAACCGGAACAAGCCGAUGCUUGUAUCCUCUCAUUUAACGGCCGCUGGUUUGGAGGACGGCAGCUGUCUGCGCAGCUCUGGGACGGAACCACAGACUAUCAGGUUGAAGAGACGUCGCGCGAGCGCGAGGAGCGGCUCAAAGGCUGGUCUACGUUCUUGGACGGAGCAGAUAAGGAAACGCAGAAAAACAGCGGCAGCAAACCAGCAGAGAGCAACACAGAACCCWGCGAGUCCACCAGCGCCACAGAACCACAGCAAACAGAACCGCAGUCCUCAGAGCAACAGGAGGAGCAAGUGGACUCCACUGAUAGCAGCCUGGCAGGAAGUGAUAACGAGGACGCCUAGGCUCUGACGUCUUCAUCUCCCAGGGAAACACUGAGGUAGUCCUGCUCUGAAGGGAAGAGUGGCAACGUUUGCUGCUGAAGAAACUCCGAUGUGGACACUUUUAGCUGUUUUGUAAWGUAGAAAAAUAAAAAUAAUAUUUUUUCUGCCCUAUUUUCAUCAUUUCUGUUUUCAUUGUAGAGAUUUUCUUUGAAUUUUAGUGUGGCUUGUAUAUAUUUGUGAAUUAAAAUAUCAGUAACUAAAACCUCA